UGCUGUUUUGAGUUUUAUAACAAAAAUGUCAAAUUCUUGAUUUAUUUGUACUCAUCUUUUAACUGAAGGUCAAACUGUAACUGUUAAUCGUGGUAUGAAGACCCUGAUUAAUGCGAGUAUUGAAAGAGAUGAUGGAUUUUCGAAAUAUCUUAUAAAACAAAAAAGUGUAACAAUACAUGAGGAGUGUCGUAAAAAUUAUACACGAAAGUGUUUUAUUGUUGCACUCACCAAAAGAAAACACGAAGAACAGUUAACUGCUGAAAAUAUAUCAGUCAAGCAAGCUAAUAAUGAUGCUGAUGUACUUAUUGUUGAAACAGCGAUAGAGCUAUUUAACAUGACAAGUGUAACUAUUGUUGUUGGUGAAGAUGUUGAUUUACUCGUCUUACUAACUGCUCGAACUCCAACUGAACAAAUUAUUUAUUUUUUUAAACCAGGAAAAGCUCAACAUCAAUGUGAAGUAUAUUCAUCUAAAAGUUUAUCUACUUUUGUUAAGUGUCAAAAUCAUGUACUAUUUUUACACGCAAUAACUGGCUGCGAUACGGCAUCUGCAUUCUACAGGAGAGGAAAAACAACAGUUUUUAAAAUGUUUGAAAAGCAAGAUCUACUUCAAUGUGCUGAAGUUUUUAAAAAUAGUAAUUGUACUCCAGAAGAUGUUAUCACCAACGGAAUUCGCUUUCUUCUUGCUAUGUACGGAGCUCCUAAAAAAACUACAUGUCUAGAUAAGUUGCGAUACGCGUGUUUCGUUAAAAAUACUAGAAACAAAAAAAAAGUAUAUUACCAAGUUCAAGUGUGGCUUGGUAAUCAGCUGGACCCUAAAGACUGGGGUUGGAAAUUGGUCAAAAAUACUCUCGAACCAGUUCAAACUUUAUUUCCACCUGCGCCGGAAAAAUUGCUGAACACAAUAUUUUGUAACUGCAAAAAGGGAUGUAAUGCUAAAUGUGGUUGCAAAAAAGUUGGACUGUUUUGUUCCCUGGCCUGUACACAUUGUCAAGGCCGGUCGUGUUCUAAUUUUGAGUCACCAAUUAUAGAAGACUCCUAUGAUACCAACGAGGAACCGCUAUUGGGGCAAUUUACUUGCACCUAAACUGAAGAAGAAGAUGAAGAAGAAGAACGAGAAGAAGUAGAAGAAGCACAAGAGGAAACAGAAAUAUUAGAAA